AUUAGUAUACACCAGUAAGCUUUAAGCUUUUGUGUUAUUCGGUCGCAGGUUUUUUGUUUUUAUAAGUGAAUGCAAAUGCCUUAAACAUAGUUUAGGAAUAAUGCUGAUUCUAUCUUCUUCAAAUUAUAAUAUAAACCUUAAACUGAUAAAUUGUAAUCUGUGAUAAAUAUUUUACAUACAUUAGGAAUUUGCUAAGUUAUUGCGAAACAAACAAUGCUAAAGCAAGUUUGCAUAGCAAGAAGCAUUUAAAUGAAUAUAUGUAUGUACAUAUUGUACAUUGUACAUGCAGGACACACAAACAUGCAUCACACUUAUGUUCCUGAUUUUGGAGUUUGGACUCUGUGAUAGUUUUUAGUAAAACUAUAAACGUUUAGGAAAAGCAAUUCUUAACCAAUAAAUUGUUAUUAAAUUUAAAACCUGAAAACUUACUGAUAUAUAAUGAGCGUUUUAUCAAAAUAUGUUGACCGUAUUGCUGAGACGUGUGAACAAAAUGGUCUCACUAAACACGCUUUUAGCUAUGCUCUUGUGACUAGUGCAAUAGUGGCUCUUACGAUUAAAGUGACCAUUCCUUACGUAAUUCAAAAUUCGCAGCACGGCAGCAUUAAAAAGGCAAAAACUAAAGUCAACAAUAAUGGUGCUCUUACACCAACGGAAACAAACGGCGAUGGCUCUGAAGAGGAUUUACAGCUUGCGGAAGCAGAAAAAUUAUUAGUUGCACAGCAGCUAAAAAAAAAAACUACCAUCGAGCCUGGACUCAACAAGGCGUUUUUAAAACAACUGGGAAUGCUGGUCAAGAUAAUGAUACCACAACCGUUGUGCUAUGAAACUGGCUUAUUGAGCGUACACACGUUUUGUCUAAUUUCCCGAACUUUUCUUAGUAUCUAUGUAGCAGCACUGGAGGGCGCUCUUGUUAAAUUUAUUGUACGAAAGGAUAUUAGGCAGUUUGCAUUAGUGUUGCUGAAAUGGUUUGGUAUUGCUAUACCAGCUACUUUUGUUAAUUCAAUGAUACGCUUUCUUGAGAGUAAACUAGCUUUGGCAUUUAGAACCCGACUAGUGCGUCACUCUUAUCGAUUAUAUUUCAAAAAUCAAAAUUACUAUCGAGUUUCUAAUUUGGACGGUCGUAUUGAAAAUGCAGAUCAUAGACUUACGGAAGAUAUAUCAGUGUUUGCCAGUUCUGUAGCUCAUUUGUACAGUAGCUUGACCAAGCCUUGCUUCGACCUAAUGCUUAUUGGAUUAGCAUUAAUGAGGUCAUCAAGAAAAAUGAAAGCCAAUAUAUUAACAGGACCUGCUUUGUCAGUCAGCGUUAUUGCAUUGACAGCACACAUAUUACGAGUCGUUUCACCAAAGUUUGGCCAAUUGGUAUCGGAGGAAGCUAACCGAUAUGGCUAUCUUAGACAUAUUCACUCCCGGAUAAUCACCAAUGCUGAAGAAAUUGCGUUUUACGGAGGUCAUAGAGUUGAGAUGCAUCAGUUACGACAGGCCUACAAUCGUCUUGUUAAUCAAAUGACUACAAUAUUUAAUCAAAAACUUUGGUUUAUAAUGCUCGAACAAUUCUUUAUGAAAUAUGUUUGGUCCGGCACGGGUAUGAUUAUGGUAUCAUUGCCAAUUUUAACAGGCAAUAGCAGUCCCAGUGCCGGACCGUUGACAGAUCGUGACAAUUCCGCUCAUGCGGAAUCGAGUGUCAGUGAACGCACACAAUAUUUAACAACGGCAAGAAAUUUAUUAAUUUCCGCUGCCGAUGCUAUCGAGCGUUUAAUGUCAUCGUAUAAGGAAAUUGUUGCUCUAGCUGGCUACACAUAUCGCGUCGCCGGCAUGAUGGAUGUUUUUGAGGAGACGUCACAGGGAAUUUAUUGCAAAACAAGUGUAGCGCAAUCGGACGAUCAAUCGAACGGGAUUAUCGAGUUUCGUAAUGGAAAACCAAUAGCAAAGGGCCGCAUAAUUUAUACGGAUGAUCCUAAGAAUAUGUCGAUAAGCCUUCGAGAAGUGCCAGUGGUGACACCCAACUGUGAUAUAGUAGUACCAAAACUUACAUUGUGCAUUGAGCCCGGUAUUCAUUUGUUAAUAACUGGCCCAAAUGGUUGCGGAAAAUCUAGUUUAUUCCGAAUAUUAAGUGGACUUUGGCCGAUUUAUGCUGGAGAAUUGCACAUUCCUCGUCCUGUUGAAGAUGUUCCUUGUAUGUUUUAUAUUCCGCAACGUCCCUAUAUGUCUAUAGGAAGUUUAUGCGACCAAAUUAUAUAUCCCGAUACUCGCGACGAUAUGAAACGCAAAAAAAUAACAGAAGACGAGCUGAGGCAUAUUUUAAAAUUGGUCAGCCUUGAACACAUCGCCCAACGCGAUAGCUUUGACGUUGUACGUGAUUGGAAGGAUAUAUUAUCGGGCGGGGAAAAACAACGAAUGGCGGUGGCUCGCCUCUUCUACCAUAAACCACGUUACGCUCUGCUUGAUGAAUGCACAAGCGCCGUAUCAAUUGACGUUGAAAGUUCGAUUUAUGAAAUAGCCAAAGGCAUGGGCAUUACACUGCUUACAAUAACUCAUAGGCCGACCCUUUGGAAAUAUCACACCCAUAUUUUGGAGUUUGAUGGUCUGGGAAAUUGGCAGUUUAGAAAAAUGAGUUCAAACGAGCAGCAAGCGGAAAAAUUCAAGCCCCAAACAACUUCCUAAGUUUUCAAAUUGUAUGGAGAUUGUACAUCUUUAAUAUUAUAAAAUAAAUAAAAAGUUUGUAUUUUUGUAUAUACGUACAAGAAAUCAUUACGUUGCAAGUAUAAAUAAUAAUAAGUGUAAAUCCA